AUGCAUCUAAAAGACUUUGGCUACCUCUCUGUAACAACAUCCAACUAUACAUCCACUCCCCUCAUUGUCUUUCUACUAACUGGAGUCCCAGGAUUAGAAGACUUCCAAAUCUGGAUCUCCAUUCCUUUCAGCUUCAUGUACCUUUUGGCGGUGACAGGCAAUGGCCUAGUUAUGGCAGUGGUGGCCUGGGACAGGAGCCUCCAUGAACCCAUGUAUUUCUUCCUGGCUAUGCUGGCACUCAAUGAUGUUCUUCUUUGUACUGUCACAGUGCCCAAAAUGCUUCUUAUCUUCUGGCAUGGCCCUUCCCCAUCAACGUUUCAUGCGUGUCUCACACAGAUGUUUUUUGUUCAUGCUCUGUUCCUCUCUGAGUCUGCUGUCCUACUGGCCAUGGCUUUUGAUCGCUAUGUGGCUAUCUGUGCACCACUCCAUUAUGCAACCUUAUUUACGGGCUCUCUCAUUAGCAAGGUGGCCCUGGCUCUGACGGUUCGAAGUGUGGUUGUAGUUAUCCCUGGUGUCCUCCUCAUUCUCCGUCUGCACUUUUGCCGGAGCAACAUCAUCCACCAUACCUACUGCGAGAACAUGAGCAUUGCCAAGCUGGCCUGCAAUAACUUUGCCCUUAACAGUAUUUAUGGGCUCACUGCAGCUCUCCUCACUACAGGGCUGGAUUUUGUUCUCAUAUCCCUGUCCUACUGGGUAAUCCUGAGGACAGUUUUAAGACUACCAUCUAGGGAAGCCCGGACAAAGGCCUUUGGAACAUGUGGAGCUCAUAUAUGUGUCAUCUUGAUAUUCUACACUUUGGCUUUCUUUUCCUUUUUUACCCAUCGCUUUGGAAACCAUGUGCCCAGGCACACCCUUAUUCUCUUGGCAAACCUCUACUUACUGGUGCCACCUACCAUGAACCCCAUUGUUUACGGGAUAAAGACAAAACAGAUAAGGAUGAAACUACUAGAACUCUGCAGUUAUCCAAAAUGAUCCAAUGGUUACAAUGCAACAAGGAACACGAGAGUCCAAAAUGGAGGACCAGGGUUAAAUAUCAUCUGAAUUAAUUUGGACAGACCAUUCUCCAGAAUACCUAACCUCUGAAUAGAGCUCCAAAUAUCCAUAUUUCCACAUGCUAUCUUCCUUGCACUAGUAAACAGGAAACAAAAGGAAUUGCUUAAGUUCCAUGAAGAAAUAUUUCAGCAUAUUGAGGUACUAUAACAGUGAAAUGUCACUGUAACAUCAUAGGGAAUUUAAAUAUCUUUUUAAGUAAUACACAAUCCCUCUUCUGUGUCAAUUUGAUGCAAGACAAAUGUCAAUUUGAUAAAUUCAGGGAUUGGUGCUGAUUCCAAACUCAUCAUUACAACCAGAGGAUCCAGAAUAUACAAAAAAUAAUAUUUUUUACUAGAUAAAUGCCUUAACUAAUAAAUAAUAAAUGUUCAUGAUUUUGCAUAACAAACUUCUUGACAUGUUCUUACAUAUUAUUUAGGGUCUAUA